AUGCCCGAGCUCUUAGCCCAUGGCAUGUACACCGAUUGCAGCGUUUUACCGCCUCUGCCGGCGCCUCUUGACCAGAACAUUGUGUGCUCGAGAAUCCUUGCAGGUGGGACCGGAAACCAAAACAAGCCAUCUAGCAGCCAACGACGGUUUAAUUCGACUUUAUCGUGUGCAUUCGAUACUGCCAACGGGCCCGCAAUAUCUGAUGGUCUGAUGGCUGAGCCAGAACCGGGGAAAAGCACCGGUCGUCUUGCGCAUCUAUCACCGCCCCCGUCUUUUCUGAUUAGUAAAAGAAGAAUCAAGGAGAGCCUCAGGGGCCUACUGAGUGGUGGGUAG